GGAGCGCCGGUCGUGUCCCUCGACGUCCUUCGCGACAACUCCUCGGCUUGACUCGACAAGUCACAAAGGUCUUCGUCGACUUGCAUCGGGGGAGGAAUCCGACUCUCUCGCCAAGCGACACCUCUCUGCUUUCUCUGUCUUCUGAUCUAUCCGCAGCCAGCACCAUUCUCUCACCAUGGUCCGGUUAAGUCUGCAAGGCCUGGCCGUCGCUGGCCUGGCUGCUCAGCGUGCAUCCGCCGCGCUGCCGGCCAUUGACUGGCAGGACAACAAGUCCAUCGCGGCCGCGGCCAAGCUCGUUGCACAGGACAUGUUGUCAUUCUACCCUCCAUACAACGGCGUGCUGGGCUGGACGAUCGGUAUCCUGCCUGGCCCGCCACCGGACGGCGACUACUACUGGUGGCAGGGCGGAGCCAUGUGGGGGACGCUGCUCGACUACCGGCACUACACUGGCGACACGUCGUUUGACAAGUUCAUUACGGAGGCGAUGACGGCGCAGGUGGGCAACAACAAGGACUACAACCCGCGCAACUGGUCGGCAUCGAUGGGCAACGACGACCAGGCGUUCUGGGGCAUGUCGGCCAUGAUCGCGGCCGAGACGGGGUACACGGACCCGCCAAAGGACCAGGCGCAGUGGCUGGCGCUGGUGCAGGCCAUCAACUACGAGCAGACCAACCUGGAGCGGCGGGCGCCCGACGACGGGACGCCGUGCUCGUGGGGCCUGCGAUGGCAGGUGUACCAGACCAACAACGGCUGGGACUACAUCAACACCAUCUCCAACGCGUGCUAUAUGAACAUGGCGGCCCGACUGGGGCGGUACUACGGCAACACGACGUACCUGGCGCAGGCGGAGCGGACGUACGAUUUUAUGAAGAAGCUGGGCUACAUCAACGGCCAGUACGACGUCUUUGACGGCGCCCACCUGCCGCGCUGCGACGACAUCAACAAGUUCCAGUUCUCGUACAACUCGGCGCUGCUCAUCCAGAGCACCGCCUUCAUGUACAACGCCACCAACGGCGACGCAAAGUGGAAGGCCGAGCUCGACAGCCUCAUCAAGCGCACCAUCGAGGUCUUCUUUGGCGACAAGGGCAUCGCGUUCGAGCUCAACUGCGAGGCCGCAAAGUGCACCACCGACAUGGAGUCCUUCAAGGGCUACCUCCACCGCUGGAUGGCCUACGCCAUGCAGCUCGCCCCCUACACGCGCCAGACCAUCAUGCCGGUCCUGCAGAGCAGCGUCAAGGCCGCCGUCAAGACGUGCACGGGCGGCGCCAACGGGCGCAUGUGCGGUUUCCGGUGGAGCAGCGGGCAGUUUGACAAAGAGUCAGCAGGCCACCAGAUGAACGUCCUCGGCGCCCUCAUCUCCGUCAUGGACCCGGCCACCAUCCAGCCCAUGCUCAACAACAAGACGGGCACCUCGGUAGGCGACUUCAACGCGGGCAGCGACGCCGUCGACCCCAUGAGCUUCGCGCCCAUCACCACGGGCGACAAGGCCGGCGCGGGCAUCGUCACCGCCAUCAUCAUGGCCGUCGCGCUGGGUGCCUUCGCCUGGAUGAGCAUUGAUUAAACUUUCCGAGGGAAGGCGCGCACGAGAGAGAUUAGAUUGGAUCGGAUCGGCCCGGGUGUGCUCAUAUGAGAUGAUUGAAGGAGGGAAGGGGUGGCUCGGGCGGUAGUGGCAGGCAGACCUGAGAACUCUUUUCUGGGAAGAGAAAAGUUCAGCGUCUGGUCCCCAGCUGCUGGUACUCUCCCCCACGACCUCUGCUCUGGCCUCGCCUGGCCUGGACUCUUGCCCAGCCGUCGACACAUCUAACAAAUACUUGCUUGAACCAAUUUUACAUAC